CUUGACCUUCUCUCACCCACCAACAGCUUCAAUUUGAAUCGAUAAGAUGGUCAAAGCCCGAACCAAGCUACAACCACACCAUAGAAGACGAAAGCUAAAGCGAAGACGAAGUACGUUUCGUGUUUAUAUUAACUGAUGAACGAAACCAGUUUACUACGACUUUGCCAUAGGUUGAUUCCGAAGCUAAGCUUCCUCUUCUUCCUCAAUUUGAUCUUCCCACUGACAUUCCUUUCCUCUCUCCCAAUUCUCUUCUCUCUGUGAAAUUUAAUCCUUCUUCUCACCGUUUCUUGGGUUUCAAGUUGCGCUUCCAGAUCUAACUGGUACCAUGGUCUGUCGACAAAGAAGAUAGUUAUCAUUUGUGGUGAUUUUUAAAGCCUAAUUAAAUUGCGAUGAACCUGUCCUGCUUCGGUGUAUUCAAAUCCAAAUCGAAAUCAAGUAAAGAGAAGAAUGUGAAAUCUUCAGAGACAGAAGAGAUUGCUCCCGACAAUGUACGGUUGUUCUCCCAUCAUUCAUUGAGAUCUGCAACAGGAAACUUCCACCAAUCAAAUCGAGUCGGUGCAGGCGGUUUUGGUGUUGUCUAUAGGGGUGUUUUACCAAACGGUACUGAGGUUGCAAUUAAGUCUCUGUCUGCAGAAUCUAAACAAGGAAAUCGUGAGUUCUUGACUGAGAUUGAGAUGAUAUCAAAUGUUAGACAUCCGAACCUUGUUCAACUCAUUGGGUGUUGCAUUGAAGGAAGUAAUCGUAUGCUGAUCUACGAGUAUCUGGAGAACAACAGCCUUGCAAGUGCUUUACUCGGUCCAAAUAAUAAAAGGAGCACUCUAGACUGGCCUAAAAGAGCUGCCAUAUGCAUGGGUACAGCUCAUGGUCUUGCAUUUCUUCAUGAGGAAGCUAAACCGCAUAUUGUCCACCGAGAUAUCAAGGCCAGUAAUAUACUUCUUGACAGAGAGUUGUGUCCUAAAAUUGGAGACUUUGGGUUGGCUAAACUUUUCCCAGACAAUGUCACUCAUCUUAGUACCAAAGUUGCCGGAACAAUGGGUUACUUGGCUCCAGAGUAUGCUUUGUUGGGACAGCUGACGAGAAAGGCUGAUAUCUACAGUUUUGGAGUGCUUAUACUUGAAAUAAUAAGUGGCAGAAGUAAUACAAAGGCAGCAUUUGGCGAGGAUCUGAUGCUUCUUGUGGAAUGGACAUGGAAACUGAAAGAGGAAGAUAGGCUAUUGGAAAUAGUUGAUCCAGAAUUAAUCGAGUUCCCGGAGGAAGAGGUGGUCCGCUUUAUUAAGGUAGCACUGUUUUGUACCCAGGCUGCAUCUUCCCAGAGGCCCUCCAUGACACAGGUGGUGGAGAUGCUCUCCAAAGAGAUGAACCUCAAUGUCAACUCAUUGAUUCAGCCAGGUGUAUAUAAGGAUCAAAUUUCUCAAUCCUCAGGUGGUAGUAGUUCACUGGAGACUAAUCAGGCACAGAAGGGUAAAUCAAUAAAUCCUUUCACCCAUUUAGGCAACUCUCUUUCCAUUUCAACGAUGGAACCAAGGAAGGGAGAGGAAAAGGAGUAUUACCUGUAAAUAAUUGAUGUUAUCCUGGGUGCUGAUUAUUGGCAUGUGAUGUCAAAUACCCAUACAAUUUUGCCCUUGAGAUCAACAGCCAUGAGGGCGUGUGAGAUUUGUUAAGAGGAUUAAAAUGUGUAAUUUUUGUGUGAACUUUGAGAUUGACAUGCAAGUACUGGUAUGGGGCCUCUAGGAUGGUUAAAAUGUGUAGUUUUUUCACAUGUUUUAUCAUGUAAUUAAAUAA